AUGGAGCCCGAGGAGGCGGCGGCGGUGCUGGAGACCAUCUGGGACCUCCACGACAAGGUCAGCGACGCCAUCCACGCCCUCUCGCGCGCCCACUUCCUGCGCACCGUCCGCCGCCGGGCCGGGGACAGGCCCGCGGGCCUCGUCUACAUCAAGGGCGUCCCCGACGAGGAGGCGGACCUCAAUGCGGUGGCUGAGGAGGCCAGGAGCCUGCACGCCAUCCGCGCCGCCCUCGAGGACCUCGAGGACCAGCUGGAGUGCUUUCUGGCUGUGCAUUUACAGCAGGAAGCAGAACGAGAUGUUGCAUUGCAAAGGUUGCAGCAAAGUCACAUCAUGCUUUCCAUAAGAUUAAAGGAGCAUCAUGGGAAAAAUUGCAAGGUCAUAGAAGAGGCGUCGGAGUUCAUCAAUAAUGUGUACCAUGAUAUCUGGCCUUCUCUGUCAGUAAACAAGCCUGAGAAAUCAAGAAGCAAUUCUGGCGUGAAUGCUACCGAGAAGAAGGAAAAAGGAUCAAACUUCUUUGGGUGGAUGGUUUCUUCUAGUCUGGAUCUAGCUAGGAACAGUCUCAACAUGAAAAAUAUCGGUGGUUUAUUAGGGAAUAGUGCAGUGUUAGCUGUUGGCAUGGUUACAAUGCAUUUCUUGGCUUCUGGAGAACAAAGUCCACCGUGCCGUAAAUACAGCUAUAGAAGGAUCAAUCAUGACAACUCUUCACAGUUUGAGGCGUCUUCACUGGCCGUGGGCAGUAGAAUGGGUCAUCUGGAUGUAUUCUUAGCCAAAAGCUGAGAGGACCUUAUCUGAUCUGUUGUUUGUAGAUAAUUUGUUGGUAGGUUUACUCCUAGGAUCUCCUAGCAUUCUAUUUUCUGGGAACUCGAGUUGCUGUUCUAGGUAUGGAUCACAUUUGUGUAGUCUAGGUUACCUCGGUUACUUCCGAAAUAUUUGAAAUGAAUAAUUGUAAUCCUUGUUGUACGCAGCAGCAAGUUGUAUUCAUGUUGAUCAAUUUUGCGUGCUCUGUUGGUUAGUUGGCUCCUGUUGUACAGAGCCUUGCUCUGA